CACACAAACACACAUCUGGGAUUCUAGUGAGGGGGGAGGGCAAACAGGAGAUUAAGGAUUUUUGGUCUGAACCAUAUGGUACAGAAUAAGGGGGGGUUAGGCUAAAAAGCAUGCGUUCACACCUCCUAAAACGGCGAAAGUGAAGUAGCCACCACUAAAGUUUUUUUUUGUAUAUUUAUUCAUUAUGUUACCCACAAUUCUUCUUGUGAAUUAACUUGACGCGUAUAUAAACUUUGCGCUACGUAAAAGCGCCGUCAGUCACAUGGUAACAACGUCUACUCCCUCGACACCCCUCGUGCUAUCCAGAGUAGAACAGUCUAGCUGGAGGAGCAGUGGGGGGCUGUCUGUGGUGGUGGAACAGCCAGAGAGAGAGAGCCGAGCACAUACAAUCACAUACACGUAAAAACACGUACGCUGAGGCGCUUCUGCUGGACCUAGACCUGGACCCAAACCUGGACCAGAAUUCUGGAUAUAUCUCAUGCGAAUACACCUGAGCUCAGCUCUGUCUGCUGUUCAUGAGCGGAAAGACGAGGAAAAGGGAAAAAAAACAAAACAAAAAAAACACAAUACGCGUGUUUUAGUCCCUGUCUCUGGAUUUAAAUUCUUCUCACAGGGCUGUUCUGCUCCAUUUUUCCAGUCAUGAAUCACUGAGUUGACUCUCCGGCACCUGCAGGCAGCUCUUCUCCUCCUCAUUUCCUCCUCCUUUUCCUCACUUUUCCAUCAUGUUCUCCUUCUCUCCUCCCUUUCUUUCCAUCACCCUACUUCUCCUGCUGGUCUCCUCUACCCUUCUCCUGUCUGCCCCAACUGCUCCACCUCCUCCCUCUGUGCUGUCGGGCAGGGUGGUGUACCGGACGUUUGACACUUCCCUCACUCACCUCACCGUUCACAGAAGGACAGGUAAUGUUUUUGUUGGCGCCGUCAACAGAAUCAUUAAGCUGUCUUCAAAUCUGACAGAGCUGAGGAGUCACAUGACAGGACCCGUGGAGGACAAUGCCACCUGUUACCCUCCUCCUAGUGUCAGAGCCUGUGCUCACAGAUUGGAGAUGUCGGACAACGUUAACAAACUCUUGUUGGUGGACUACAGAGGAAACCGCCUGGUGGCGUGUGGCUCAAUCUGGCAAGGCGUCUGUCAGUUCCUCAGACUUGAAGAUCUUUUUAAGCUCGGAGAGCCGCACCAUCGCAAAGAACACUAUUUGUCUGGAGCCAAAGAAGCCGACGGGAUGGCAGGUGUUAUCAUUGGUGAAGAAGAAUGGAUGGAUGAUCCCAAGAGGAAGAAACCCUUAAAAGGCGGCAGCCACCUCUUUAUUGGUGCAGCCAUCGAUGGAAAGUCGGAAUACUUUCCCACCUUGUCGAGCAGGAAGCUGGUGGCUGACGAGGAGAGCGUCAACAUGUUCUCACUGUUGUACCAGGAUGAGUUUGUGUCGUCUCAAGUCAAAAUCCCAUCGGACACCUUGUCCCUCUAUCCAGCAUUUGACAUUUACUACGUCUACGGCUUUGCCAGUCGCACGUACGUCUAUUUCCUGACGCUACAACUGGACACGCAGCUAACUCAAAUGGAUGCCGGUGGCGAGAAGUUUUUCACCUCCAAGAUUGUCAGGAUGUGUUCGAACGACACCGAGUUCUACUCGUACGUGGAGUUUCCUCUUGGCUGCACCAAAGACGGGGUUGAAUACAGACUAGUCCAGGCGGCAUACAAACACAAGCCUGGGCGAAGGUUGGCGCAGGCGCUUGGUUUGUCAGAGGAUGACGACGUCCUUUUCGUUGUUUUCUCACAGGGUCAGAAGAACCGCUCCAACCCUCCCCGAGAAACCGUCCUGUGUCUGUUCACACUCCAUGACAUCAACCUGGCCAUGAGAGAGAGGAUCCGCUCCUGUUACCGUGGAGAAGGAUACCUGUCGUUGCCUUGGUUACUGAACAAGGAGCUCUCCUGCAUCCACACGCCUAAGCAGAUUGGAGAUGUCUUUUGUGGUCUGGUUCUGAACCAGCCCUUGGGUGGUCUACGAGUGAUAGAGGGAAACCCGCUCUACGAAGACCGGACCGAGGGGAUGGGAGCCGUGGCGGCAUACACGUACGGAGAGCACACGGUUGUAUUCGUAGGGACCCGGAGUGGACAACUGAAGAAGAUCCGUGUAGAUGGCAUCCCACCGCCGGCCCAGAAUGCUUUGCUGUACGAGACCGUGACAGUGGUGGAAGGAAAGCCCAUCCUUAGAGACAUGGUCUUCAGUCCUGAUCAUCAGUUCAUCUACCUGCUGAGUGACAGACAGGUCUCCAGACUUCCUGUGGAAACUUGUGAUCAGUACACCAGCUGCUCAGACUGUCUUGGUUCUGGAGAUCCCCACUGUGGUUGGUGUGUUCUUUUCAACAAGUGUUCCACGCAGGAAGCCUGCGAGAAGUGGGAGGAGCCUCAGCACUUUAACACUCACCUAGACCAGUGUUUGGAAAUUUCCGUGAUGCCCAGUAACAUGUCUGUGACUUCACCCCCAACGCAGCUAACCAUCAGGGUCCAGAAUGUUCCGGCCCUCUCUGGUGGGGUCUCCUGCGUCUUUGAGAAUCUGAGUGAGAGCAGCGGUGAGGUCCUGGAGAAGGGUCAGGUGAUAUGUAUGUCACCGUCUCUGAAGGAGCUUCCGACGCCCGCAAAUACACACGGGGAAAAGCGUGUGAUCCAGCUCAGCCUGAGGUCCACAGAAACCAAGAAAAAGUUCAUAAGCACCAACUUCAUCUACUACAACUGCUCAGUGCUCAACUCGUGUACUUCCUGUGUGAGCAGCUCCUUUCCGUGUCACUGGUGCAAAUAUCGUCACAUCUGCACCAACAACCUUCAGGACUGUUCUUUCCAGGAAGGAAGAGUCAGCAAUAUGGAGGGUUGCCCUCAGAUCCUGCCCACCUCAGACAUCCUUGUUGCGGCCGGAAUGGUUCGUCCGAUCACACUGCGAGCUCGUAACCUCCCUCAACCACAAUCCGGUCAGAAGAACUAUGAGUGCGUGUUCGACAUCCAAGGAAAAGUUCAGAGAAUUCCUGCAGUGCGCUUUAACUCCUCUUGUAUUCAGUGUCAGAACACCUCGUACUGGUAUGAGGGUGAUGAGGUCGGUGAUCUCCCUGUGGAUUUUUCGGUUGUUUGGGAUGGAGAUUUUUUUAUCGACAAACCGGCGUCGAUGAAAGCGCUGCUGUACAAAUGUGAGGCUCAGCGCUCCAGUUGCGGUCAGUGUCUCAAAGCGCCCACCGCGUUCGAGUGUGGCUGGUGCGUGGAGAACAGGAAGUGUCUGCUGCUGCAGCAUUGCCCCACCCCCGAACAGAACUGGAUGCACCACGGUCGCCACAACUUGCGCUGCAGUCACCCACGCAUCACCAAGAUUGAUCCUCUGACUGGACCCCGUGAAGGUGGGACAAGAGUGACAAUAGAAGGAGAGAACCUGGGUCUGCAGGUGAAGGAGAUAGCUCAUGUUCAGGUGGCUGGGGUCCGCUGUAACCCCGUUCCCUCUCAGUACAUCAGCGCCGAGAGAAUUGUGUGUGACAUGGCUGAAGCUCUUCUCCCUCACUCUCCUGGAGGUCCAGUCGAGCUCUGCAUUGGUGUCUGCAGUGCAGAGUAUCGAACCUUGUCCACGCAAACAUACUCAUUUGUGAGUCCCAGUUUCAGCCGAGUCCGUCCAGAAAAAGGUCCGGUCUCCGGCGGAACCAGACUGACAGUGACAGGACGACACCUGGACGCUGGCAGCAGCGUCAGUGUUUUCAUUGACAAGGAGGAGUGUUUGUUUGUCAAACGAAGUAACCGGGAAAUAAUCUGCAUCACCCCCGCCUCCCUGUCUGGCACGGGCCCCACCGCCAUUCGUCUGAUGAUUGACAGAGCCGAGGUGACGAGUUUUGACACGAAAUACAUUUACACUGAAGAUCCAACCAUCACCAGCAUCGAACCUAACUGGACCAUACUCAAUGGCAGCACAGUGAUCACAGUAACAGGAACAAACCUGCUGACGAUCCAAGAGCCUAAGGUUCGGGCAAAGUAUGGAGGAGUGGAAACAAAUAACUUCUGCAACGUAGUCAAUGACAGCACCAUGACUUGUUUGGCUCCUGGUCUGGUUUACAGUAAACCAAAACCACUAGAGGGCGCACUGCGCCCCGACGAGUUUGGCUUCAUUCUUGACCAGGUGUCAUCUCUACUGGUCCUAAACUCCACCCCCUUUCUGCACUACCCAAACCCCACCUUUGACCCUCUGGGGAAUUCUGGGAUUUUGGAGGUCAAACCUGGAUCACCAAUAAUUCUCAAGGGUAAGAACCUGAUUCCUUCUGCUCCUGGGAACAACCGUCUAAACUACACUGUCCUGAUCGGAGAGUCUCCGUGCGUGCUGACCGUGUCGGAAAACCAGCUGCUCUGUGAUUCGCCAGAUCUGACUGGAGAACAGCGGGUCAUGAUCCUGGUUGGAGGUCUGGAAUAUUCUCCAGGAAUGCUGCACAUUUACUCGGACAGUGCUCUGACACUUCCGGCCAUCAUCGGUAUUGGAGCGGGUGGUGGAGUGUUGCUUAUCGCCAUCAUUGCCGUCCUCAUCGCCUACAAGAGGAAAACGCGGGAUGCAGACCGUACCCUCAAACGUCUGCAGCUGCAAAUGGACAACUUGGAGAGCCGCGUUGCGUUGGAGUGCAAAGAGGGUACGUUUGUGACGGGUCAUGUGACCACUGAAGUUUCUUGUCUGCGCAAAAAUGAGUCCAUGUGGAACAGAGGUGAACCUGAUUUUGUUCCUCAACCACCACGAUAUGCUGUUUUGUUGUGCGUUUGUAUUAACUUGGUACUGCGUGUUGUUGUGUUUGUGUGUCAGGAGUGUGCCGGCGAGCCUCUCUUCAUGCUCUACUGCGCCAUCAAGCAACAGAUGGAGAAAGGACCCAUCGACGCCAUCACAGGAGAAGCUCGCUACUCACUGAGCGAAGACAAACUCAUCAGGCAGCAGAUUGACUACAAACAGCUGACGCUGAUGUGCAUCCCUCCGGAGGGCGAGGCAGGGACGGAGGUUCCGGUGAAGGUGUUGAACUGUGACACAGUGACCCAGGUCAAAGACAAACUGCUGGACGCUGUUUACAAAGGAAUCCCGUUUUCGCAGCGCCCCCAGGCCGAUGACAUGGACCUGGAGUGGCGUCAGGGGCGUCUGACCCGCAUCAUUCUGCAGGAUGAAGACGUGACCACGAAGAUCGAGAGUGACUGGAAGAGACUCAACACACUAGCGCAUUAUCAGGUCACAGAUGGUUCUCUGGUGGCUCUGGUCCAGAAACAGGUCUCGGCGUACAACAUUGCCAACUCCUUCACUUUCACCAGAUCACUGAGCAGAUAUGAGUCCUUACUCAGAACUUCCAGCAGUCCUGACAGUCUGAGGUCCAGAGCACCAAUGAUCACACCAGACCAGGAAACAGGAACCAAACUGUGGCAUCUGGUGAAGAACCACGAGCACAGUGACCAGAGAGAAGGAGACCGAGGCAGCAAGAUGGUUUCUGAGAUCUACCUGACCAGACUGCUGGCCACAAAGGGGACACUGCAGAAGUUCGUGGACGAUCUGUUUGAGACGGUCUUUAGCACCGCCCACCGCGGCUCCGCUCUGCCUUUAGCCAUUAAGUAUAUGUUUGACUUUCUGGAUGAGCAGGCUGACAAACGUCAGAUUAGCGACCCAGAUGUUAGACACACCUGGAAGAGCAACUGUCUUCCUCUCAGGUUCUGGGUCAAUGUCAUCAAAAACCCUCAGUUUGUGUUCGACAUUCACAAGAGCAGCAUCACCGACGCCUGUCUGUCCGUAGUCGCUCAGACCUUCAUGGACUCCUGCUCCACGUCUGAACACAGACUCGGCAAAGACUCACCAUCCAACAAGUUGCUCUAUGCUAAAGACAUCCCUAACUACAAGAGCUGGGUAGAAAGGUACUACAGAGACAUUUCCAAGAUGCCCAGCAUCAGUGAUCAGGACAUGGAUGCGUAUCUGGUGGAGCAGUCUCGUCUUCAUGGAAACGAGUUCAACACACUAAGUGCACUCAGUGAGCUGUACUUCUACAUCAACAAGUACAAGGAGGAGAUUUUGACGGCGUUGGACCGAGACGGUUACUGUCGAAAACACAAACUGAGGCACAAACUGGAGCAAGCGAUCAAUCUGAUGAGUGGGAGCAGCUGAGAGGAGAAGUGGAAGGAGGAAGAGGAGGAGUGAUGGACGGAUGGCUCGCUCGAUGGACUGAUGGAUCAAUGAACUGUGGAUUAAUAAACUGGUGGAACUCGGUUGGAACUGGAGAGGAAGAGGAUUUUAGGGCGUCAAAUGCCCAGGGCAUUUUUUUUGCUUUUCUGAACUGUUUGAACAGUCAGCUGAUCAGCUCUGUGUUGUACCCAUACCCAGGUCCUUUAACGGUCGACUCACUGGCCUGCGGGGACACCAAACUACCUCCCUGUCUUUGAUUGCGGGCGGGGGGGAGGAACUGUAUGGUUUGGAUGUGUUUACCUAAUGACUUUAUUUUGAGUCAUUUUGUUUGAGGGAAAAACAAACCCUGCGGUUCUUGAUUUGUGAGCAAGGAUCAGAACCAGGAGGAGAUGUGGCUGUGGACGAGCUAGAUGAAGACUAAAUCAGAGUUCAACAUCAGGAAGAUCUCCACCCGAUGUGGGACCUUCUAGAAGCCUGGCUAAAGGAUGAGUCAGCCAUUCUGUCAAAGCUUCAGUCCUUUAUUGCUUUGGUCCCUUUAUUAUUUAAAAAAAAAAAAAGAUCAAUAACCCUCAACAAAAUUGCUUCAUAUCUUGGGCUAAAACGGAAAUCGAAUUGAGUCUCAAAGGCUUUAAAGUUGAGGUAAAAGCAAAAAAAAUACCAGAUCUAGUACUGGUUUUUCCUCAUGUUGGACUCUUAUAUUAGCCUCUGAAACAAUGAGGGUCCAGUGUCUGAAGAUUGAUUUUUUUUUUUUUUUUUUUUUUUUUUUGGUUUUAUCAUUACUGAUAAAACCAGAAAGAAAUCAAGUAACAAUCUUUUCAGAAACUGGGCUCUCACAUCUGUAUCUCGAUGUCUGAAGAUAAGGAAGCAUUUAGAAAACGGCCGCCUCCACCAUCUCUUCAGGAGUUGAAAGAUUCUAUGAAUUGCUCUUUCCAAAAAAAAAACAAACAAAAAAAAGAACCUCUCGAUGUGAUCACCUCUGGACAAUCAUCCGAACCACAGCACACUGAGCCCGAUGCCUACAGACCGACCAGAACCUGUGUCCAUGACUGUUCUCAAUUACGUUUCUCUCCUUCAUUCCUUUUCAUUCUCUGACAACCUUGUGCCAUCACGAUCAGUGCCGAUGCUCUCUGUUCCCAUUGGCCGGGAAGUCUCCCCUCAAUGUUCUCCCCAACCAAGCGAGACUGUGGAAUCUGACCUCAAUUGUGAUCAGACACAGAACCGUUUUUUGAAUACAUUCCAACAAAGACACCGAGGACAGGUCUGUACAUACACAAGUGGACUUGGGACCCUGUUGUUUGUUUUUGUUUUUUUUUUUUCAGAACCGGACUCUCUUAGAACCCAUGGUUUUUGGACUCCCAUCCAGUUCGGAGAACAAUAUAAUUUUACCUACAUAGAGCCAUGAUGUACAGCGCCUACUAACUGUGCCCAGGUGGGGGGAAAAAAAAAAAAACUUUGUGGAGGGCUAAGAGCUUAGUGCCAUGUGAAGACCUGGCCCGGACCGCAUCACACCUGUUCCGGACCAAACUCGGACCAAACAACUCAGAAAAGUUUUAUCUGGACCAGACUAAAGAAAUCUUUUAAGACUUGUGGUCAUAAUGUAAACAACAAAGAAAAUAAUAA